GCUAAAAUGACGCAGCAGUUUCUAAAAUAAGCCCUCAGUGCAGCUGGAUAUGGCGGCGCUACUGAGAGGUGUACGGGCUGGAAGGGCACUGAGGGGGCUGUGCAGCGUGGUGGCUGCACCACCAGCAGCAAACCUCCAGUGCAGCAGUCUGAGACGAGGCUUCCACUGUGCAGCACUGAGGCUUCAAGAUGAAUCCAAAUCUGACAAAUCCCCUCCUUCCUCGUCUACAACCCACCAUGAGCACUACCAGGCUCAGUCUGCUGAAGGCGACUCAACCACAGCUUCCCAAGAUACUUCAGCAUCUGACUCUACAGCUGAGGAGGCGUCCAGACCAAACACCAGUUACCAAGACCAGAGUGGAGAGCAGGGUGAGGAAUACGAAACAGAGGAACAGCUGCAGGCUCGAAUCCUUACUGCUGCCCUAGAGUUUGUCCCACUGCAUGGCUGGUCCAUGGAGGCCAUCGCUGCUGGUGCUGAGACAUUGGCCCUAUCCUCUGCUUCCACUGGAAUGUUCUAUAACGGAGCUGGAGACCUGGUGCUACACUUCAUCUCCCAAUGCAACUCACAGCUGACAGAGAUCUUAGCUGAACAACAUAAGCAGGUCCAGCUGGGCCAGGCAGAGCAGAAGAGCACUGCUGACUUUCUAAGAGAUGCUGUUGAGACCAGACUGAGGAUGCACAUCCCCUAUAUCGAAUCAUGGCCACAGGCAAUGAGCCUACUGCUUCUCCCCCACAACAUCCCCAACAGUCUGAAGCACCUGAGUACCCUGAUAGAUGAUAUCUGGUUUUACGCUGGAGACCGAUCGACAGAUAUGAACUGGUACACCAAACGAGCUGCACUGACAGGCAUCUAUAACACCACAGAGCUGGUCAUGGUUCAGGAUUCCUCUCCAGACUUCCAGGACACCUGGAAUUUCCUUGAUAACCGCAUCCAGGAUAUGGUCAACAUGGCAACCACUGCCAAACAGGUUCAGUCAACUGGUGAAGCAGUGGUUCAGGGGCUCGUGGGAGCUGCUUUUACACUGAAGAACUUAACAGGACUAAACCAGAAACGAUGAUACCUUCUCACUUGGACUGAUCCUGACCAUCUGGCUUGUGUCAUGAGCUGCAGAUCCAGCUUAUUUUUGCUCGUAUUUCUUAUUUACUGUAAGGGAACUCUGAGAAAUAAAUACAUUAUAACUGUUAUUCAACAGCUAACGCAAUUAUUAUUUACCAGAGGCCAAAGGUCUCUGUUUUUGCUCACCUGCAGGACCAGUGGAUGCGUCCUGGUGUGUUUCAUUGUCCAUGAUUUCACUUCAGUCACAUGAUUUCAAGAUCUGUGAAUUUGAUGUUGGGACUUAAAUAAAAAUUAUUAUUGUCUA